AUGUUGCACUCUUUCCCUCAAGAAAUAUUGGCAGAAGUAUUGGCUAGGAUUUCAGUAAAAACUCUUUUGAUCAUUAGGUGUGUUUGUAAAGCUUGGAACUCUAUUAUCGACUAUAAUCCGAAUACGGCUCAAUUACACCUUCAUUCUUACAAGAAUAAUACUGAGAACAAGUUCGUAUUGUCGCGUGAAUGCAAUUCUUGGAAGAAACACAUGGUUGUUCGUCAUGUAGAUACAUUUACCAAAAUCGCGGACCUUGAUGAUACCCGCUAUUUGAAAGUGGGUUAUGUUGAUGGGGUGUUGAAGGAACAAGUAGUUGUCCCUAGGACAUAUGAAGAAAUCGCGUACCUAAGCACGGAUGAUUGUCAUUUAAUAGGUUAUGUUGAUGGGGUGUUACUAAUACACACACAUAAUAAUCGUGUUAAUUGUGGACAAAUAAGGAUUUUAUUGUGGAAUCCUUCAAUUCGAAAAGUUUUUGAAGUUCCUUUAACUAAAGAGCGAUUUUGUACUAGUACAAAUUUCGGGUUUGGUUAUGAUCAUGUGAGUAAUGAUUAUAAGGUUGUUGCAGUUGAUACGCGGUCCAACUAUUCGAAAAGUAAGGUUUAUAGACUAAGAGCAGGUUUAUGGUCUUCACUGAAGUACAAUAUUCACAAGAGAUCAUAUCCAACUAUUCCUAAGCUUUACUUGAAGAAUUUCUCGUCGACAACGAAUUUCCAAGGUGCAAUUUAUUGGUUUGCUAGUGAUGAUAUGAAAAGACGAGCAAGGUAUUCACAUCUACUGUGUUUUAAUGUAUCAAGUGAGGCUUUUACUUGUAUAAAGUUGCCUGAUCUUGAACUCGAAGAAGGCGGGAAGCAGCCACCAAAGAGAUGUGCAUCAGUUUUGGAUACGAAGCUGGCAAUUAUAGACUUUUCUUUUACAUAUCAACAGGUUUGUGUAUGGGUCAGGGAUAUUUACGACACAAAUGGUCAUUAUUCUUGGACAAAACGGUUUAGUGUGAAUCUUCGCAUUCAUAAAUUCUUGUGCUUGAAGGAGAAUGCUGAAUUAUUGUUCUAUGGAAAAUCGAGGCAGGUGUUCUCAUAUGACUUCAAAAACCAACAACUAAAGAACCUUGGAAGACAUGAUAGGCAGAUCAUCGAAUUUAUUGAUACUUAUAAAGAAAGCUUAGUGUUGCUUGGAGGAUAUAAACAAGGAAAACUGAAUUGGUAG